GCGGCCAACAUCCCGCCUUUAUCGGCCCUCUUUUCUGGAAUCCUCGCCCGGAUGCCACGGCGCCCUAAAGCUUGACCGAGGCUUGAACCUGACCCUCAAAGCUUGCCUCCCGACACCGGAUUACCCUGUAACCAGCUCGGUCAUACCCCGAAGAGAUGGAGAACACGGCUGCAACUGGAGAAAUCUGGAGUCGAAGCUUAUGUGCCCUCCAUCUCAUUGGUAGACCAUCUGCAACCCUCACCGGCCAGUGGAGUUGGGUCAUGGCAAGACUGCAAUCGGGGAACGUCACGCGGCGGGCUGCUGAUGCCCUUUUGCCCCUCGCGCCGCAGAUAUUUCUUUUCCGUAUUAAAAGUCUUUCGUCCCCUGAUGAUCUGAUCUAACUUUCUUGUUCUGUAUCCUGUUGACCUGACAUCUCCCCCUGUGCCUGGCGUCGCGACCAUGACCGAGGAAUCCCACGUCGGCGACCUGUUCGCCACUGCCGACCAGAAGCAAGAGAUCUCGGAUGUACACCGUGAGACUCUUCCGCUGGUCGUCACCGAGGAGGAAGCUCUGGCUCGCGCCAGGAACCAGCCUGAUGAAGCCCUCCCCUUGCGUAUCACCUUUGGCCCGCAAGAUCGGGACAACCCGCGCUGCUGGGGUUACUGGCGCAAGUGGUACAUUACCUUGUUUGCCAGUUUUCUGAACGUUAUCACCACUUGGUCUUGCGGUUCCUUCUCCUCCGGAGCCACCGGCAUCGCGGAACAUUUCCACGUGUCUACUGAAGUCACUACAUUAUGUCUGUCCAUGUAUGUGCUGGGAUAUGCCAUUGGGCCUGUCUUGCUGGCUCCUCUGUCCGAGUACUUUGGUCGCCAGCCCGUCUACAUCGUCUCGUGGUUCAUCAUGUCCCUCUUCCAGAUGCCUCUCGCACUGGCUCCUAAUAUUGGCACCAUCAUUGUCUGCCGUUUCAUCGCCGGUUUCGCCGGUGGUGCCCCCUUGACCAACACGGGUGGUACCAUCAGUGAUCUGUGGGAGCGUAACCACAGUGGUGGCCCUAUGGCAUUCUACGGUCUCAGUAGCACAUUUGGCCCGCCCAUGGCCCUGGUGGUUAGCGGCUACAUCGGCCUGAACCUGAACUGGCACUGGAUUUUCUGGAUCAUGAUGGCCAUCACUGGUGGCACCUGGAUUGUGCUGGUCCUGACUGUCCCGGAAACGCGCCACAGCAUCAUCCUGCAGCGCAAGGCCGCCCGCGUGCGCAAGCAGAUGCAACGCGAGGGAUUGCGCUCCGCAGAGACCACCACCGACCUCCACGCAGAAGACCGCAAGGGCCUGCACCAGCUGUUUGCGAUCACCCUCACCCGUCCCUUCCGCUUUCUGUUCACCGAGCCCAUCACCACCUUUUCCGCCAUCUACAACGGCUUCCUCUACGGGCUGGUCUACCUGUUCAACGAAGCCUUCCCUCUCGUCUUUGGCGAACCCAACGGCCACGGCUUCAACGUCGGUCAACAGGGUCUCUGCUUCCUGGGUAUGGCCAUUGGCCCUAUCAUCGCCUGCGCCCUUUCCCCGCUGCAAGAGCGGUACUACCUGCGCCGCGUGGCCGAGAACAGCGGCCGCAGUGUCCCGGAAGCGCGCAUGUGGAUGGCUCGAGUCGGCUCGUUGCUCAUCCCGAUCAGUCUGUUCUGGUUCGGCUGGACCAGCUACCGCUCCGUGCACUGGAUCGUCCCCAUCAUUGCGUCUUCUUUCUUCGGUGCGGGUCUUUACAUCGUCAUUCUUAGUAUCCUCAACUAUGUCGUCGACAGCUACCAGACUUACUCUGCCUCCGCGUUGGCCGGUGUCAUCCUCGUCCGCAACCUCGUCGGUGCUGGCUUCCCGCUGUUCGCUACGCAGAUGUACGAGAAGCUCGACUACGAGUGGGCGUCCAGUCUGCUGGGCUUUAUCGCCAUCCUGCUUGUGCCGAUUCCCUUUAUCUUCUUUUACAAGGGUCGUGCUAUUCGGUUGCGCAGUCCUUGGGCGCGCGAGCACUUUGACUCGGAUGAGGAUAGUCCGCACUAGUCUAGUCCUACCGAAAAGUGCCUGUCUGUAUAUAAAUGCAUCCGUAUG